CAUUUACUAAGCUAAGUUCGCUUUUGCCAUCAAAAGUAUUGACAGCACAAAUUUCCAAAUUGUUUAGUCAUUGCUGAGUGAAGAAAGAAAUUAUAGAUUUACUUAAUUAAAAAAAUUGAAAAUGCCGGAUUAUUUAGGAGAUGAUCAGCGCAAAGUUAAGGGAGAGGAGACCGAAGAAAAAGAAAUAAAGUCGCUGGAUGAAGGAGAUAUCGAGCUUCUGAAGACGUAUGGUCAGAGUCAAUAUCAUAAGGCUAUUAAAACUAUUGAGGAGGACAUCCAAAAAGCGGUGAAGCAAGUGAACGAACUUACCGGAAUUAAAGAGAGUGACACAGGCCUGGCACCUCCAGCGCUCUGGGACUUAGCAGCUGAUAAGCAGAUUUUACAAAAUGAGCAACCACUGCAGGUUGCACGUUGCACAAAAAUAAUAAAUGCUGAUUCGGAUGAUCCGAAAUACAUAAUAAAUGUUAAACAAUUUGCUAAGUUUGUGGUUGACCUUGCUGAUUCAGUUGCUCCAACUGAUAUCGAGGAGGGUAUGCGUGUUGGUGUGGAUCGGAACAAGUAUCAGAUUCAUAUUCCUUUACCACCAAAAAUUGAUCCCACCGUUACAAUGAUGCAGGUAGAAGAUAAGCCCGAUGUUACAUAUAGUGAUGUAGGGGGUUGCAAGGAACAGAUCGAAAAGUUACGAGAGGUGGUGGAAACGCCACUUUUACAUCCUGAAAAAUUUGUCAAUCUUGGCAUUGAGCCACCUAAGGGAGUUUUGCUGUUCGGUCCACCUGGAACUGGUAAAACUUUGUGUGCUCGCGCAGUAGCUAAUCGUACGGAUGCCUGUUUCAUUCGAGUAAUCGGUUCAGAGCUUGUCCAAAAAUAUGUGGGCGAGGGCGCUCGUAUGGUGCGCGAACUUUUCGAAAUGGCGAGAUCAAAGAAAGCUUGCUUAAUUUUCUUUGAUGAAAUUGAUGCGAUUGGUGGUGCUCGUUUUGAUGACGGUGCUGGUGGCGAUAAUGAAGUGCAACGUACCAUGUUGGAGUUAAUUAAUCAAUUGGAUGGUUUCGAUCCGCGUGGUAAUAUUAAAGUGCUUAUGGCAACUAAUAGGCCGGACACCCUCGACCCAGCACUAAUGCGUCCAGGACGUUUGGAUCGUAAGGUGGAAUUUGGUCUACCAGACUUGGAAGGGCGUACACAUAUUUUUAAAAUUCACGCCCGGUCGAUGUCUGUAGAAAGGGAUAUACGUUUUGAAUUACUGGCACGUCUUUGUCCAAACUCAACAGGCGCUGAAAUACGUUCAGUAUGUACUGAGGCGGGUAUGUUUGCCAUACGAGCUCGCCGCAAAGUUGCUACGGAAAAAGACUUUUUGGAGGCAGUAAAUAAGGUCAUUAAGAGCUACGCCAAAUUUAGCGCUACUCCUCGUUACAUGACGUACAAUUAAACUUAAGCUUAGAUGUGGUAUUCUAUUCAAUUCGCUGUACUAAAUUUCAAAGAAAAGUUCAAUAAAAAAAAUUAAUACAAGCGAUUGUUAUUUA